GGUAGCUCAAAGACGUCCCUUUUUUCCGCAAACCCCUAGACCCACAACCAACAGAACUGACAAAAUCUCUUGGUUGUUUGUUGCACAGAAAACUGAUCCCAAUGAGUCACUGUCUACUACGUCUAUAUGUACACACAACUAUUCUGCCUCCAAAAAUGAAAUAACUUAUCAUGGAAAGUCAAUAACACGAAAAUUAAUCACUUAUUACACACCAUUUUCCUAACAAUCAAUAACACGAUGUUCUGCCCUACCUGUACACAUACAAUGCCCUGAACAGUGGACGGCGGAAGAGAAAAAUGCACGGGCGAGAUGAUUGCAAUCGUCUUGCAGGAUUAAGGAGCAUUUUUAAGCUGCUCGUCCAUCUCAAAUAUGAAACGCCUUCGGCGUAAAAAUCCAAAACACAGUCAAAUCAAUGGUCGUAGUGUUCUCCAAAGGCGUUAAAAAGGAAUUUUAAGUUCGCAUUCCUGACUCAUUUAAUCAUCUCCAAUAAAGAAGUGAGCUGACAAAAUGGAGUGUGAUGGGUGCCCAGAAUGCGUACUGAGUUUGGCAGUGAAUGAGACAUUCGAUUUAGAGAAGGCUGUUUGUAGCUAUGGCUUCUUCAUGAUGCCACCCAAUCUCUGGCUCUCUUCCUCUUCCACCCUUCGGCGCCCUCUCAGACUAUCAGAUGCUACCACACGCAUGGUCUACAUCUCGCAACAAAAAUCACCCUCUUCUUCUCUUCAAAUAAGGGUGAUGGACACAAGUAACCUCACCACUCAAGACCAACAAUAUUUGCUGGAUCAAGUGGUUCGAAUGCUGAGGCUAUCAGAAAUGCAGGAAUCCGAAGUUAGAGGUUUCCAUGCUCUGCAUCCCGAGGCCAAGGCUAAAGGUUUUGGUCGGAUUUUCCGGUCACCGACCUUGUUUGAGGACAUGGUCAAAAGUAUGCUUUUAUGCAAUUGUGGGUGGGCGAGGACAUUGACCAUGAAUAGAUUACUCUGUGAUCUCCAGUCAGAGCUGAAAGAACAACCACUUGGUGGGUCAACUAUUCAAGAAAUUAGUUCAAACUCAAAUGGUACUUGUGUAAACUCUGAUGAUUCAUCACCCAAAACUCCAAACAAAAAAGAUGGGAAGAGAAAAAGAUGCUCUAAAAAACCAAGUAAUAAUGCUGUUAGUUCGGUGCCUGCAAGAUUUUCAGAACAAGGAUUACCUUUCACAGAUGUGAAGAAGACCAUAGUUUCAGAGGCUUCUAGCAUAACAUUAAUAGAUAUCGAAAAGAGUGCCAUGAAUCUUGAUAUUGGGCUAUGCCAAGAAGGGGAAAACAACCAUCCCUUAAAAAUUUCUACAGUGAAUUUGUCAGAAAUAAUCUCAAGCCCAGAAUCCCUUACUGAAGAAUAUUGUAUUCCUUCAGCACUGAGCACAGGGGAUUUUCCCACUCCCAAAGAAUUGGCAAGUUUUGAUGAAGCAUUUUUGGCAAAGCGCUGUUGUCUUGGUUACAGGGCUAAGCGCAUCCUGCACCUUGCAACAGAUAUUUGUAAUGGUACUAUUGAUUUAAACUCUCUUGAAAGCUCUGAUGGAUCACCACUGUUGAAAUUCAGUGAGUUGGAGGAAUUUUUUCUCAAGUUAAAGGGUUUUGGUCCAUUCACAAGCUCAAAUGUGUUGAUGUGCAUGGGAUACUUUGAGAUUGUUCCGGCUGAUUCUGAAACUGUCAGGCACUUGAAAAAGGUCCACAGCAGGUUUCAGUGCACCAUAGGUACUGUUGCUAAAGAAGUUGAAGAGGUCUAUGCAAGAUAUUCACCUUUUCAGUUUUUAGCAUACUGGUGUGAGAUGUGGGACUGCUAUGAGGAAAAGUUUGGGAAGCUUAGCCAAAUGCCUCCCUCUCAUUAUCAUCUUAUCACUGGCAGUAACAUGAGAAAAGAGGUUUCUAAAUAUUUCAUUAACCAAAUGCCUCCCUCUGAUUACCAUCUUAUCACUGGCAGUAACAUGAGAAAGGAGGUUUCCAAAUAUUUCAUUAACCAAAUGCCUCCCUCUGAUUAUCAUCUUAUCACUGGCAAUAAUAUAAGAAAAAAUGUUUCCAAAUAUUUCAUGUAAGAAUGAGCAGUGAGCCCUUUUCAGGUUCUUGUGGUCAAAACCAUGAGGGGAAAGGAUUCCAAAUAUUUCUUGAGGCUUCGUUUGUUUUUGCAGAGUCAAGGAUGAGGCACAUUUUAUGAUAAUUGGAAUAUGCUUCCAUUUUUUGGAAUUCAUGCUUACAAAUAUUAGAUAUUAGAGAAUGAAACAAACAUUUGAUGGAGAACAUGCAUAUUGCAAGCACUGUCUUAAGCUGAAGCAGACAAAAGGCUAGCUUCUGUCUUGGAAAUCCUCAUUAGGUCCUCAAUUUGGAUGACUUGCGAGCAUCUUAUUCAAGAAAACUAUCCAAUUCUAAUACUUUCAUGGUUUUGGGGGACAGCAUUCAAAGAAGAUCAAUACAUUCACUAAAAUAACUUAAGUGGUUCCAUAUAUGGACAUUAUCUUGUAAGCAUUGUUUUUCAUCAUCUCAGUGGGUUCUUGUUUUAUCUGCUUAAAGGGCUCAAGUCUUUUAGCAAACACUAGUUUCCCAAAAUUAUGUUGACCUUUGCUAAAUAUACACAUCUAAUUCAUUGGCUGGACCAUCGGAUCAAUUUCUUA